AUGCAGGACAUGCAGAGGAGCGUCGGCGCCAUGAAGCACGACGUGCUACAGCUCUCCGCCGCGCAGGCCUCCAUGUCCUACGCCCAAAACGACAUGCGCCACGCGCUGGAGACGCUGCCGCUGGCGAUGACCAUCGGCCACGCACUGCAGAAGUGCUCCCUGUCACGAUCCAGACCCCUUACCUCGUCGUCGUCGUCGUUCUCUUGGUCGAGCUCCAGUUCGUCUUCUUCGUCGACGUCUCCGCGCUCGGCCCUCACCACCUUCACGUCGUUCGAUGGGUCGCGACUGGCGAGCCUCUUCCCCUUCUUGGCCGAUUUCCGCCUCCACCAGCGCAACGUUCCGUUCGCCAUCGACGAUGUGAGCAAGCCCAUGGGGGCUAUAUGCCCAAUCGAGAAACCGCCCAAAAAAGGGGGCAAGCCGCGCGAUCUGUGGCACCCACCGCGCAGGAAGCCCGUGUUGGCGCUCUUCAAUCAGGCCUUUUGCGAUAUGCUUCAGUACCAGGCUCACGAGCUGCAAGGUUCUUCCAUUGCGCACUUCAUGCUGCCGGAUCCAGAUCCAGAAGUCCAGCAUCAGUUCAUGACUCGGAUGAUGGCCAGAACGUUUGGUGAUGUGGGCGACGUCGUCCCUAUUUCGCCGCGGAUGCGCACCAAGGACGGACGCUUGAUCAGGGCCGAGGUCAAGCAUCAGUCGUUUUUCUCCGCCGAAGGCCGGCGGCAAGCUGGGACGAGCUGCCUCCAGACUUCCGGUCAUUCUUCGAAGAUGGCCAUCACCAUCACCAUCACCAUCCUCAUCAUCCUCACCACCAUCCUCCUCAUCGCCAUCAUCCUCAUCAUCAUCCUCAUCACCAUCAUCCUCAUCAUCAUCCUCAUCAUCAUCCUCACCAUCACCAUCCUCAUCCUCUUCACCAUCCUCCUCCUCAUCAUCGCGAAGGGCAUGUGCCAUGCUUCCUCAAGCAACGGGGUGACGGCGGCGGUGCCGCGGUGGAAGCGGAACCGGUCUCGGGCCUGGACGACGAAGCCCUACUGGCAGCGCUGCUCUCGCCGAGCAUGGGGCUCGACGAGCCGUCGUACUCACGAGAAGCCCAGCCGACAACGCUGGCACACAGUACCAUAG